AACAGGUGCGUGGAAGAAGACACAGAGACACUUUAUAACUUGAAAUAUCACCAGUGCCUGCAAAUUUACUCUGAGAAAAGCUAAGAAAUAAGAGAAAUAUAUCAGAAAAACUUACUUUGUGGGCAAUAAAUCAAACUUAACUAAAAACCAAUCCGAGUUUAAGGAGUGCGGGAUUUUUACCUUCGAGCAGGUGGACGUCGCCUUUGUUGAUUUUUGAGGUCACAUUUAAAGGAAGUGGAAAUGGCCAACUCCGGGUUGCAGAUUUUGGGAUUCGCCCUGGCGCUUCUGGGUUCAAUUGGACUGAUAAUUGGCACCAUUUUGCCCCAGUGGAAGAUGUCCGCUUAUGUUGGGGACAACAUCAUCACAGCGGUGUCCAUGUACGAAGGACUGUGGAUGUCCUGUGCGUUCCAGAGCACAGGCCAGAUCCAGUGUAAAGUCUACGACUCUAUCCUGCAGCUCAACGCUGCCCUCCAGGCAACGCGUGCCCUCAUGAUUGUCAGUAUCAUCGUAUCUAUAGCCGGCCUGGGCGUAGCCUGCAUGGGAAUGAAAUGCACCAACUGCGGAGGAGAUGACAAAACGCGCAAGUCCCGUAUUGCCAUGACUGGUGGCAUUAUCAUUCUGAUCGGAGCUUUGUGUGCCAUUGUUGCCUGCUCUUGGUAUGCUCAUGACAUCAUCCAAGCCUUCUACAACCCCUUCACCCCUGUUAAUACCAAGUACGAGUUCGGGUCCGCCAUCUUCAUCGCCUGGGCCGGAGCGUUCCUGGUUGUAGUAGGAGGUGCAAUGCUGGCAGCAUCCUGCCCAAGAAGCAAAUCCUCAUCCUCACCGAAGUAUCCCAUCUCCAGACCCCCAAGCAGCAAGGAAUACGUCUGAACAGGACAGGACUCACUGUUAGGCUGAAGGAACACUUUGACAUUCAUAAUAGUCUCAGCUCAGAGAUUGAAACAUUGAAAAGAUGUAUCUCAGAAGGGCAUCAGUGCCUAUCUGUAUUCUUUUUUUUUUAAUUUUGUAUUUUAGUUUUGUCAGGGCUACCCUGUAUUGUUACUGUAUUAUUUUAACAAUUGCAUUCAAGUUUUAAAUAAUGGCUGUUUACUUCAUAAGACAGCAAAUUGGCCUUGUUCCAUCUGGGACUGCAGCAAGUGCUUCAAUUUGAAUACUAUGUAGUAUAGUAUCCACCUAAUAGUCAUCUGUAAAGCACUAAAGUUGAAGAUGAAAUAUAUUUCACUUUCUGCAUGCUACAAUGUACAGUGCAUUAAAGUGUACUGUGUAUUUGGGAGUACUGUUUCACUGUAUAGAUAUCUGGAUAUGGGAAUGGACAACCAUUUAUCACGGUUAGGCUGUAAGUAAUAGUUCAUCAUCUGGCACCUGAGAGUCAAUCUGCUACCAUUAUGUCCAUGUUUUUGUGCCUUUUUUAUUUAUAUGAACAAGUCAAAUGAUUCUAAACUGCUGUAUACUGCUCUGCUUUAAUCAAGUGCCAGAAUGAAAUGGUAACUUUUAUAAAUUACAAUAUGCCAAUGUUUUUUUCUGUCAUUCAUACAGAUGUGAUGAGCUAUUUGUUGACAUGGUGUAAUAUUGUCUGUGUGAAUGGGCUUGGCUUAUACUGUGUUUUCUUUUAAAAAGUUAUAACAGCUGUUGCUGCACUCAUCAAUGUUUGUUUUUAAAAACUUUUAAUUGUUUUG